GCAUAUGAUACGGCAACGCUAAAUACGCUAAAUACUUCAGAUUAGCAGCAAGCUAACUUUAGAUGUAUUAGCGUUAACUGCAAUAACGCAGCGUAAGAGGACACCGUUACUUUUGUGUGACAAAUUGCACAUGCUUUUGUUUCAGAUUACAUAACAACGGGCUCUUGCUCCACUGGCGCUGUCGUGGUCGAUCGUUACAUACGAGGUUAACGUAAACGAAGCACUUUUCUAGCUCUCGUUAGCAACAGGAUUACCUCCGCGUCCUCGGCAGCCAUAGAGACAACACCACCUCUACGUACUACGUCACCUUUGCGUGCUCGGUUGCUCAGCAACCGUAGACAAAGGACACAAGCAGAGGGAACCUAGUAGAGUUUCAUAUUUCGCACCAGCCUCUGAGCAAAGAUGCCCCGCUCUGCAGCCAAGUCCCAAGCUGACAAGCUCAGACGUAUGUCGUUUGUCCAAGUGACCCCACCUCCAGUGCAGGAAAUGGAAGUGGACGAUAUAAUUCCUGGUCGCUUAACUUGGGCCCAGAUGUUGAUCCGGGAGGAAGCAGAUGAGAUAGUGGGGGAGAUCAUGGAUGAACUGUUGAGCAAGGUCAUGGAAGGCUGUUUCAAGGUGUACAUUGAAAGACAGCUAGCACCUUUCUCCGCAUCUUGGGCCAAGAGCUACCUCAUACAGAUUCUAGAGCAACAAAUCCUGUGCCCAGAUGAAGGAGAAGGACUGGAGGAAGCAUGGACUGAGGACUCUGAGCCUAUGCCAGCAGCCUCAGAUGCCUGGGCUCAAGGAUGUGUGCCUGUCAUCAGUGCUACCCCUCGACCUCACUCCGCUGCACAGCAGGAGGCUGACAUUGUUCAGGUUCCGGUACCAACAGAGCCAAGGGUCAACCAGCAGCGUAAUGUUAUGGCCCAAACAAACAGCUCUCCAAAGCAAUCUGAAAAGGAAACAAGUCCCAGGAGCCCUUUCAGUGACAAGCAUUGUAAGGUGAUUAGUCCUCGUCCCCCACCAAAAAUUGAUCGAAAGAAAAAGCAGCAGAUUAAUUUACCUCCCAAGCCUGUUCCAGGCAAAUUACUGCCGGUCCUGUCCUGUUCAGCAGAAAAAAAGGAUGUGGAGGUAGAGGGUAAAAACAGGGUAUAUUCUGUUCGUAAUCAUAUGACUAGACCAUUAUAUCAGCCGAAGGACUACCAACGCAUACCAAAGCUUGAUAAGUCAUGCCUGCCUCGACACUGCAUCUCUCCUCAGUAUGAGAUUGUGGAUAAUAACUAUGCAAAACCCAAUCCCAAGAAACCAAGUGGCCUAUCCAAUCUAGAAGCAAAAUAUAACAAGCAGCAAACUGAGCGGACAGUAACCGCACUGACACCACUGACCAACUCCAAGGAUCAGCAAGCAAAGUUUCAGAAGAGAAAUGAGCCGGAUGUCUUUCUGAAGAAAUUAUCUCCCUCUAGACAUAGACAGGAAGGGAGGGCGUUUUCUAGGUCUCUGAGGCUGGACACAAUGGUUUUGGCUAAGGGUGUUUCUCUCCGGGAUCCCCAGGCAGUUGAAAGUAUCCCUCUCAAAUGUAACCCUCCUUCCCAGUCUACCAAGCUGAGGCCAAUACGAAGUGAUAUAGCUGUGCCACUGUUUUCAGUUGAUCAGGUUACCACAGGUAGACCACCUCAGGUCACCCCAUUGUGUCAGUCCAAGACCUGUGACAGCUGAUUAAAAAAUUUAGUGAUAAUACCUGUCUGUAGCUGCAUUUAGAGCAGAAUGCGCUAUAUGUUAAUGAAAUAAAAACGAUCCUUCUAAUACAAGAACAUUUCAUAUAAUGUCCACUGUGGGCUACUUUGUGAAAGAUGAUUAUACAUGUUUUGAAAAGAUUCUGAUUCAAGCCCUUUUUUUCCAAGUAUUUGUGAACUACCCUUAAAUUGCAAUACAGUCACAUUCACUGUACAUGUUUAUGAAAUAGUACCUGAUAAGCUGUGAAUACAAAAUUUUUGUCAUUUAUUUGUAUUUUUGUUUGUAUUUCUUUGUAUUUUUAUUUCUUUGUAUAUGUGAGUACCAUGAAUUUCGCAGUACAGUGAGAUUCACUGUACAAAUUCAUGAAAUAGUACCCGAUAAACUGUGAAUACAAAAUAUAUAUUGUCAUUUCUUUGAUACUAAUAUAUAUUUAAGGUAUAUGUAAAAAGAAACAUAUGUGUUCAACCAAUGUCUCCCACAAAAUAUAGCAAAAAUAGAGACAGGCAUAGACAUAGACAUAGACGAUAGCAACACUCCUGCAAUAAAUGCUACCUUCAUGAAAAUUAAAAUGUUUGGUUUGUUGUUGAAAUUGGUAAUUUUAGAGGUUUGUGGGGCCAUUGAACUGGCAGGCGUUUA